CGCUGUCGCGGCUGCCAUGGCAACCGUUCGCCGAAGCCUCUCUGCCCAGGAGGCGAACUAACGGACUCCGGGCGGUGGCUGGUGGUGCCCCGCCCCUCUCCGCCCCGCCCCUUGACAGCCCUGACCUGCAGGAUCUAGGUGGUGAGCCCGAGGGGUCGGCGUGACCGGGAGAGUCGGGCUGCGGCGCCCAGGUAUCUGAAAGAAGAUGAAUUUGGCAGAGAUUUGUGACAACGCAAAGAAAGGGCGAGAGUAUGCACUUCUGGGAAAUUACGACUCAUCGAUGGUGUAUUACCAGGGAGUAAUACAGCAGAUCCAGAGACAUUGCCAGUCAGUGAGAGACCCGACUGUCAAAGGGAAGUGGCAUCAGGUGCGGCAGGAGCUCUUGGAGGAAUAUGAGCAAGUGAAGAGUAUUGUCAGCACGUUAGAAAGCUUUAAAGUCGACAAGCCCCCAGACUUCCCUGUGUCCUGCCAGGAUGAGCCAUUCAGAGACCCAGCAGUGUGGCCACCCCCUGUCCCUGCAGAACACAGAGCUCCACCUCAGCUCAGACGUCCUAACCGAGAAGUGAGGCCUCUGAGGAAAGACGUGGGAGCAGGAGCCCGAGGACUCGUGGGCCGAGCACACCCGAUCGCCAAGAGUGACAAACCUGCAAGCAGGGACAAGGACUAUAGAGCAAGAGGGAGAGAUGACAAGGGAAGGAAAAAUAUGCAAGAUGGUGCAAGUGAUGGUGAAAUCCCCAAAUUUGAUGGCGCUGGGUACGAUAAGGAUCUUGUGGAAGCCCUGGAGAGGGACAUUGUGUCUAGGAACCCUAGCAUUCACUGGGAUGACAUAGCAGAUCUGGAGGAAGCUAAGAAGUUGCUCCGGGAAGCUGUUGUCCUUCCCAUGUGGAUGCCUGACUUUUUCAAAGGGAUUAGAAGGCCAUGGAAGGGUGUGCUGAUGGUUGGACCUCCAGGUACUGGGAAGACUAUGCUAGCGAAAGCGGUUGCCACUGAAUGUGGGACAACCUUUUUCAAUGUCUCCUCUUCUACACUGACAUCUAAGUACAGAGGCGAAUCUGAGAAGUUGGUCCGUCUGUUGUUUGAAAUGGCUAGGUUCUAUGCCCCCACCACGAUCUUCAUUGAUGAGAUAGAUUCUAUCUGCAGUCGAAGAGGAACGUCUGACGAACAUGAAGCGAGCCGCAGAGUCAAGUCCGAGCUCCUGGUCCAGAUGGAUGGAGUCGGAGGAGCCUUAGAAAAUGAUGAUCCGUCUAAGAUGGUGAUGGUUCUGGCUGCCACUAACUUCCCAUGGGACAUUGAUGAAGCUCUUCGAAGGAGACUAGAAAAAAGGAUCUAUAUCCCUCUCCCAACAGCAAAGGGAAGAGCCGAGCUUCUGAAGAUCAGCCUUCGGGAGGUGGAGCUGGACCCCGACAUCCGCCUGGAGGACAUCGCCGACAAGAUUGAGGGCUAUUCUGGUGCCGACAUAACUAACGUCUGCAGGGACGCAUCGUUGAUGGCAAUGAGACGGCGCAUCAGUGGCCUGAGUCCAGAAGAGAUCAGGGCUCUGUCCAAGGAGGAGCUGCAGAUGCCUGUCACCAGAGGGGACUUUGAGCUGGCGCUGAAGAAGAUCGCCAAGUCAGUCUCUGCCGCGGACUUGGAGAAGUAUGAGAAGUGGAUGGUUGAGUUUGGAUCUGCGUGAUUUCUGUCAGCUCUUUUCAUUUCUGUUGUUUGUGCCUAUAAAAUGGGAAGAAAUUCCUUAAAUUUAAAAAAUCUGCAAUUCUUAAUCAGAGAAAAUUUCACUUAAAGGCCAAAGCAAAACAAAAACAUCUAGAGCGACAGAGAAACGCAGCUGAGAAAUGAGACACCCAUAGUCUGCUGACUUCUCACUGACAAACCUUCUCAAGUCACAGAACACGCCAGCCAGUGGGCGGGGCUGUGCUGCAGGCCGUGCUUAUAGAGCAUUGCAGUUUCUGCUCUCACUUGAACACGUUGUCUGUUUCCCCCAACUCUGUGUUCUCUGGCCACAAAGAACACACACACACACACACACACACAUACACACACACACACACUUUUUAGCAGCAAAACUUGGUUUCUGUCGAAUUCAUUAAUUGUCAUUUUGAGAAUGAUAGUAAAUUCUCAAGGGAAUAAUGAAUUGUAAAUCUGUAGAAUUUAAUACCGUUAGAGUCUAAUCUGUAGUUAGAAUUUUUCUCCUCUUCCUUGCCAGUUCUUCUGUUAGCUGCUGGCUUAUGUCUAUCCAGGAGUAGUCUGUGAUCUGUUUUCCCCGGGAUAGUGCCUCUCUAACUUCAUUUGGGAAGAUGGGAAGAAUUGUUGUUAGCAGCACACCUAUAUCUUCCUGUUCAGAGUGCUCACUUUUCUUUCAAUAUGUUCAAAUCAAUAUAACUAUUGUUUUUUCCCACUUUUGACACUAAUUGCUUUUUCGUUAAAUUUGACUUUAGUGUUUAAGAUAAGUUCUAAACAAGUCUAGUCUCUAGGCUAAUGUAAAACAAACAUUUUUCCCCCUUCAGUACAUGAGUAUUUUGCCAGCACAUAUGUCUGUGUAUCACAUGCAUUGUAGUUCCUGAGAAGACCAUAAGAGGGCAUUGGAUCCCCUGGAAUUGCAGUUACAGGCGAUUGUGACUCACCAUAGGGAUGCUGGGAACAGAACUCAGGUCCUCCUCAAGACCACUCAGUGCACCUAAUAGCUGAACCGUAUCCCCAGUUCCAGAAAUAAAAUCUCUUAUGGUUCUCAGACAGCUUGUUUAGCAAAACAGUAUCCUAACAGUGAAUAAUAUUCAUUUAAAAAGUAGAAAGUUUUCCUUCUAAGAACUUGUGUAUGCAAUGUGAUUAGAAUAGAAAUGUGGACAUGCUCAUUAGAUGUGGAAUUAGAGAGUGGGAGGGCUCUCAGAAAGGGAGCUGCAGAUCCAGUCAUAAGCCCUGGGCCAUGUUACUUCUCUGUAAUUAUGCCUAUCCCUUUGGUCAUCAGGCAGUCCAUAGUGUGCUUGUGAUAAUAUCCUGAAGUCUUGAGUCUCAAGCUUAUUUUUAAACCAUAUACAUCUUACAGGCACUUUUAACUUUUAAAAAACUCUUAGUAUGUUGAUUAAGAUAUUUGACCUUUUUUCCUCAGGCAAACCCGUAACUGCAUUAAAUCCUUUUUAGGGACCAUAUAUCUGACUCUUUGAAAUCCUGGAUUCAUCUGAUUUCUAUAAUUACCCUCUUUCUUCUGAGAAACCUAUUAUAAAAUUUCAAAUCAAAAAACAUGAUUUUAUUGUAAUGGGAAUAAUUCUUGAAAAAUUAGAAUGAGAAACUAAUGAGCAAACUUGCAUUUACUUGUUUAUUUUGAGGAAGGGGCUUACUUGGUUGCCUGAGCUGGUCUUCAGCUCUUAGGCUUAGGCGAUCUUCCUGUUUCAGCUUCCUGAGUAGCUGCAACUCAAGGCUUCACCCCCAGAUUACUUAUAAACAUUUAAAAUAAACUACUAUGGCUAAGGCAGGAGGAUUGCUAGGAAAUGGGUACAACCCACAUGCCCUCCAAAGGAUGAGCGGGUAAGGAAAACAGGGUAUAUCCUAUGACUUCCACGGCCGCAGGCACACACACACACACACAUACACACACACACACACACACACACACACACACACAGUCUGAAGCCUGCCUGUGUAGCAUAUCAGGUACCAUCGCAACAAACAAACAAAAAUAAAUAAUCCCACUAGAUUCUCUUGCAAACCGUCACCAUCUAAUAGUGUUAUACUUAAAACACAAACAAACAAAAAACAAAAACAACUUCUCUGUAACACUAUGGCUCAGUAGACUUUUUCUGGAUUUUGCAUUACUUAUCUUUGCAUAAAUCAUGGAAAUUCUGCAUGGCAAUUGUGCGUCUAUCCUAGGUUAGGUGUUAUUUGCUGCAGCCUUGUUAGGAGAGUCAGCUGUGCUCCCUGCAGCCUCCUUUCUCAUUUUGCUGUCAGUGGGUGGCAAGGCUUUGCAUGUCUUAAGUCCUCGGAAGGCUCUGGAAGAGACCUGUUGCCCAGCCCAGAGUGGGGAUUGCUUUGUUGGCUUUUGAGUUGUAAAGCAGGUGUGUCAUCACAGUAGAAGUGGUUGAUUCUCACUCCUUUGAAAGCAGGAGCAUUUGGAGCUGCAACGCAGUGACCAGUGUGAGUGUAGUUGUUUCACAGGAGCGCCAUAGAUAGUCCUUCCUGGGCACACUGCUCUGUUCACUGUCGUGAAUGGACGCUGGAUGGAGGCUGCCUGGCUUGUGUGGCUGUCAGUCAGUGAAGCUCUGACUGGGCAUUCUCUUCAGUAGCUGUCGCUCCUGGCCUCUGCUGCUAAAGCGUGAGUUUAGCUCAUGAGUGGAGAGACAUAGUGAUCUAUGUGUUUGGGGAAAAAUAUAGAAAAAGCUUUUUCCCUCUCCUUUUUUACCUUUGACUGGUUUUAAAAUAAGAAGUUUUAAGCAGUAUAAAGCUACUGAAGAUCUAUUCUAAUGCGCCCAUCUUUAUGUUUCCAUGCCACAGUUACACAUGUGAUAUGACCAGAUGUGCACAUGCAAUGUGUUUACUGUAAAUGUUUUGUUUCCAUAAUUCGUUCUUUUAAAGAAAAUAAAUUAAUAUUGGUGAAAUAUCCCAGACACAUGGCUCGGGAAGCUGCAGCCUUUUGUUGCCCAGCUUGGAAACCCAGUGACAUCACAGCUCUUUCAGUAGUGACCUAGACACACUGGGUAGUGAGUAGUGACUCAGACCCUGCCAGGGCCCCCUACCGUGGGCCUCACAGGAGCACCUGUGUGACAGUUUAUUCACAUAGCUGUUUAACUUCUAGAGAGCUCCAAGAGUGGAGGGUGGUGAACCCAGUAGCCAGAAGAGGGCUGGCAAGUGCCUGGGCUCCAGGAUGAGCAGCUGUCCAGAAAGGUGCAUGCAAGGCCAGUUUCCAGUAUUAACUGUUGCUCAUUUCUCCUUCUGUGUGAAAUGACUCUGCGGGGAUCAUUGUCUCCUUAGGUCUUAGCUAUCUGAGUUCAUGAGCCUUCCUUCCUUGAAUACAUUGCAGGGUGCCAACCCUGCUCAAGUGCAGGCCAGUUGACCUCCUCCCACUUGAGAUAGAAGUGAAGAGCUAGACUAGGCUUUGCAUGGUGGGUCCAGCUUUGGCCUCCGUGGUGCAGUCUUCUUCAGUUUUUUUUAUAAUAGUACAUUUCCACUGUUAUGAAAUACAGUCACACUAUGGUAUGCCCUGUGCUUUGGGAUAAAAUGUUAGGUGGAACUCGGCCUCUCCAAAGAAAAGGUCAUUUAAUUCUAAGUAUGAGACAGAAAUAGGAAUACUCCAACUUUUUUGUAUCUUUGUUUUGUUUCUUAAUGCUUUGAAUGUAUAAUAUUUUAAAUUUGUGAUACAUAUAAUAUUUAUGUGACUCUUGGAGUCCAUCACAACAGAAGCAAAUAGGACGAAGUAGAAGGACAUAUCAGGAUAAACUAUAAACCUCACGUGAUUAAUUCUCAUUUCCACUAAUUAUUUUGUAGUUUGUUUUAAUUACUACAUGUUUACUUAUUUAUACUUUUAAUUUAGGCUUUUCAUACUUAUUUAUUUAAUUUUUGGACCAUUUGCUUUUGAUAUUGUUUCUUAAUGUGGAAACUGAGUAUUUAAAAAAUUAAAUCUGAUAAUAAUAUAUUUUUACACAUUUACUUAGUAGUAAUUCUUUGAAUUUUUACUAGUUGUUUUUCCUCUGAAAACUCUAGUUUUGAUGAUAUUUCUCAUUUCAGGUGCCUUGUUGAUAAGCACAUAUUAAGAUGAUGCUACAAAAUCGUUUUUGCUUUGCUUUUCUCAGACCUUGGGAAAACUGAAAACAAAAACUAAAACCUGAACAUUGGCUUCUCACUAGUGGUAUGGGGUUGGUACCUUUGGUACCACAAAUGGGAGAUUGCUGCAGGGACAUCUGCCUUGAAUGGGUGAACAAAAAGCAGGCUCUCUCUCCCUGCACUCAGUGAGCUGAGCAGGCAUCGCCUGCCCUCAGGAGAGAGCCAAGAACCUCAGGCAUUCAGUCUGCAUCUCUGUAGGUCUGUUUUUCCAGGCAUCACUUUCUCUGCUGCUCUGGCCUCUUCCUAUCAACAUCAAGUUUUUAAACUAGAAUUUUAAAAGUUAUAUUAUUAUUAUUAUUAUUAAUUUAUUUUUUAUUUUGAGGGAGGGUCUUACCAUUAACCCUGGCUGUCCUGGAACCACAAUAUAGACCAGGCUGGCUUUGGACUCACAGAGACCCACCUGCCUCUGCCUCCUGAGUACUUGGAUUAAAGGCAUGCGCCACAUACCCAGCUAAACUUGAAUUUUGUUUUUAAACACAUUUUGCCAUUCCUCCUCUGGCAAAGCCAGAUUCUUCAAAUGACCCUACGUGAAGGAUGGAAGUUGCUUUUCCCCUUAUGUAGCCAGCCUUUUUAUUUGAAUGUGUUUCAUCCCAUGGAGCAGAUUCACACAUAACCCAUAUUCUCCUAGCUUCUCAGAGUUCUGCAAAUACAAAUCCACAUUAAUGGUAUUAAACAUUUUGGAGCUGAGCAGUCGCUCUGUCCACCCUCUGAGAACCUAAGUACUUUAGGAAAACACUCUUGUUCAUGUGGCUGCAUGGCUGCUGAGCGUUGUCCUUGGUGGCCACUCUGUGGACACAGUGUCUCGUGGGACCCCUACAUAUUAGAAUGGUUUGUAGGUGUGCUGCGAAGAUUUUUGUUCCAGUGUUUGUCAUCCAGUAUUUGAAACUAAUUCAACUAAAAACAGAUUUCUAAGUUGUAUCUGUUAAAUGUUGUUUCCUCUCACUUUUCACAGUGCUGUUUGCUAGUCUCAAGCCUUGUUGUGUUUGUAUGUAAGUUGUGAUGUAGUAAAACAGUUCUGGAGAGUUGACUGUUGGUGGCUUCUCAUGUGGCUUGGCUUUCAUAUGUAGUGACAUGUGCUUCUUGUUACUUCAGGAGCAACAUGCCCCUCACUAGCUGGCAAUGACCCUUCUCAUGAAAUCUCAUAUUGGCAACUUGGUAUUUUGUUUUCUGUACAAUAUGCUAAUAAUUUUAAGGUUGAUGUGGUAAUUGUAUAGUUUUCCAAUUAAUUAUUUUAAUAAAUAUUUAUGUGAUACUAUUGCAUAAUUGAUGUUCUGUAUGGUGAAUUUUCCAGAUCAUGAGUCUUAUUUGAUGACCCCAGAAGUCAUUUCUUGAAUUAUCAAACUUUAUUUUUUAGAGAACGUUAGGAAAACAGGCGCAGAAAUGGUUCUUGUAGUUCCCACACUCCCUCACCAAUACCCCCAUCUUCAUUAGCAUGUUGCAUUGGCGUGGUCCAGGUGCUCUUGUAUGAAAGUCCAUAGCUUGCAGUGGACUUCAGUCUGCACCGGGUUGCGGAUUUCGACAAGAGCACAGCGCAUGUACUACCAUAACUGUUUCAUGGAAAUCACUGCCCUGCCCUGGAAAUCCCACGAGCCACCGGCUGUUUCUCUUCCCACCCCCUCCAGCCAUUCUCUUUUGUCUUUGUAGUUCAGAUCUCAGUCUAGUUGGAUGAGAACAUGUAGCUUUCCAGACUUCUGUGCAUUGUCCAGGGAGCAGCUGCACAUAUAACUCUGUGUAUAUGCUGCCUACUGAAAGAUCUCUCAGUGGCUUCUAACUUAGCAAUUAUGAAUAAAAUGGCUACAAACCA